CCUAAAAAUAACAGACGGACAGCCAGUCCUCCCCAGUGACUUGGCAAACAUUUGCCAUGUUGCCCACUCCAUGUUGAUCUUAGCCUUCGUUGCAAUACUUGUGUUUUGAUUCAAGGAUGAACCCUCAUUUUCAAUCGGUCUAUCUUGGGAAAGUGCUGAUCUGCUGACAGAAGAGUGUACGUUUAGGGAUAAGGCUGAUCAUGGUGCGCAACGUGGACGAUCUGGACUUCUGCCUGUCCUCCCAUCCUCAGAGCAUCCUGGAAGGCUUGCGCUUGCUCUGUUCACACCCCAAACUUGUGGAUGUGACCCUGAGUGCAGGGGGAAGAGAUUUCCCUUGUCACCGAGGGGUUCUGGCACUCUGCAGCAUGUAUUUCCGCUCCAUGUUCUCAGGGGACUUUGUGGAGAGCAUUGCUGCCCGUGUGGAGCUCCAGGAUGUCGAUCCUGACAUCCUCAGCUGCUUGCUUGACUUUGCCUACACCGGCAAGCUGACAAUAAACCAGAGCAAUGUGGAGGGCUUGAUUUGUACCUCCAGCCAACUACAGUUUCAGACAGUGCGAACUGUGUGCAGCCGAUACCUGCAGAAUCAGAUCGACGAGACCAACUGCCUGGGAAUCCUGGAGUUUGGAGAGAUCCACGGUUGUCCUGAAGUUGUGGCCAAAGCGUGGGCCUUCCUCCUAGAGACUUUUGAGGCCGUGCAACAGGGCGAGGAGUUUCUGUUUUUGGGGAAAGAUCGGCUGAAAGCUUGUUUGUCCGAUGAAGGACUGAAAAUCCGUUCGGAGUGCACACGCGUGGAAGCCAUCUUGAAAUGGGUCGGGCAUCAGAAAGAGUCCCGACUGUGCCACCUUCCUGAACUCUUCAGCUUGUCACAUCUGUCUCUGCUCAGCCUAAGUUACCUGACUGACACCCUACUGAAAGACAGUUUGGUCCAGGCCUCCCCUCGCUGCAGGGAGGCAAUUCAAGAAGUUUGUAGAGAGAAGCAAGAUUUGGCACAAGAAUAUUCCGAAAGACUAAACUCUCACAGUCCACAACCAAACUUGCAAGAAGUACUGUUUGUGAUGGGCGGACGUUCACUAGAUGAUGAAGAUGAUAAUGAUUCAGACGAGGAUGACGACGCAGACCCAAGACUUCAAAGACUGCCAUCCAAGAACUGUGCCUUCUACAACACAAAGACAAAAAAGUGGCAUGAACUGCCUAACUUCCCUAAUCCCAACAAGUGGGGUUAUGCCAUGGUGACCCUAAACAAUGAUGUUUAUGUAACAGGGGGCUCGCGAGGUUCGAACACCAACUCAUGGUCGACCACAGAGACCUGGAAGUACAUCAUGAAAGAGGGGAGAUGGGUUACUGUAGCACCAAUGAUACGGCCCCGGACUAACCACACGUCGGCAACACUUAAUGGCGAGCUUUACGUAAUUGGAGGCACGACGUCGGCUCAAGUUGAGGUUGAGCAUUACGACCCUUACAGUAACACCUGGGCGUUGACGUGUCCCGCUUUAAAAUAUGUGACUAACUUCACAGCCACAGCUUGUUUUGGAAAGCUUUAUGUGAUUGGAUCAUGCGCAGUGAAGUACAAUGCACUGACCAUGCAGUGUUACAACCCUGUCAUAGAUGCCUGGAUCAGUAUAGGGUCGCCUUUCAUCCCCAAGUAUUUGUCAUCUCCUCGUUCCGUCUGUGUGGACGGGAUAAUAUACCUGUUGGCUGAUAACACAAAGAAAGUUUACUCAUAUGACCCAGAGGCAAACAUGUGGCAAAAGGUGCAGCUUCUUCACAUGCUCCAUGAGAAUGGUGGCCUCGUAUCCCUGGAUGGAAAGCUGUAUGUCACGGGCGGCCACUGGAAAGGAAUGGAGGGCGACUAUGGGGUGGAAGUGGAGGUUUACAACCGAGCAUCCAACACCUGGGAUGUGGAAUGUUUCCUCCCAAGACUUUGGUUCUACAGUGGAGUAUCCACUAUAUUCCUAGAUCCAUCCCAGUGGCCUGAACUUCCACCCAUAGAUUUGACAUAGAUGCCAUCAAGGCAU